AUGGCGUCCCUCAUCGCCUCGCGCCCCCGUGCGCGGCCCGCCCAUACCCAUGGCACCACCCGCUGCGCCUACACGCCCGACGGCACUCGCCUCGUCACCGUUGGCUCCAACAACACCAUCCGCCUGUACAAAACCGGCUUCGACGGCGAGCCCGACAACAUCGACGACUGCCAGGAGCAGAACCUGGCCGUCGCCGCCGCCAACACUUUCUUCGUCGCUGGCGCCGAGGACGGCACCGUCAGCUACUACUCGCUCGAUACGCUCGUGUUCGAUCGAUUUCUGUUGAGAUGCUCGCUGCCUGUGAGGGACGUGGCGUUGUCGCCGGACGGGAAGUGGUGUGCGGUUGCGAGUGAUGAGUUGACGGUGAGACUGGUCAAUGUGGAGGAUACCUCGCGCUUGAAGACGCUUAGGGAGCAUAAGGCUCCCGCGAAGCACUUGUCCUUCGACCCGUCAGGGCACGUUCUGGCGCUGUCCUGCACAGAUGGCAUCAUUUACAUCUAUUCCAUGACCGCCGACCCCCCCGAGCUCAUCCGCAAAGUCGACGGCGUCAUCGGCCGCGUCGACUCUGACUCCGAAGUCUCGACCCGUGUAGCCUGGCACCCGGACGGGCGGGCCUUCGCCGUGCCCACGCCCACUCGUGACAUCCAAGUCGUCUCCAAACACGACGGCGAGAAGCAGCGCGCCUUCGCUCACGGCCACGAGGGUCACAUCACCGCGCUGGCCUGGUCCCCUAACGGCGCGCUGCUUGCGACAGCAGGCAAGGACAAGAAGAUCCUGAUCUGGCUGGCCAAGGACCAGAGCGUGAUUGCGCGGUACGACUACGCCAACGUCAUUGAUAUUGCUUGGCACCCGACCCAGAACCUGGCGUCGUUCACGACGUCGGAUGGCGAGGUCUACAUCUGCCCGGAGUUUGUGCCCGAGAUGUUUGAGAAUAUGCUGCGGCUGCCGAAGCAGCCUGCUCCGUUUAUCCAUGAUCCGAGGGAAGAGAUUACUAAUGGGCGGAGGGCGGACGCUGGGGCGCAUAAUAUCCCGUCUCGGCCGAGGAGGCCGCUGGAUGAUGAUUUGGAUGAUUUGUUGGAUGAUGGGUUUGGUGGGCCCGGUGGUGACGAGGACAUGGAUGAUGACGGGUUCGUCGUGGAUGACGAUGGUGCAGGAUAUACCCUUAACGCGGCGCGCAAGCGUGCUGCGGAGGAUGAUCUCGGGGCAUACCCCAACAAGCGCAGCGCUUACUUCCAGCCACAAGUCCACCCGCCCUUUCAGCCGGGCUCGACUCCCUGGAGGGGUAACCGCAAGUAUCUCUGCCUGAACCUGGUCGGCGUAGUGUGGACAGUCGACCAGGACACGCACAACACGGUGACCGUCGAAUUCUACGACCAUGCUUUCCACCGUGACUUCCACUUCACCGACACCUUCGGCUACGACAAGGCGUGCCUCAACGACAAGGGCACGCUCUUCGCAGCCCCUCCCAAGGACGACCGCCCCGCAGUCAUCUUCUACCGCCCCCACGAGACCUGGGUCCAGCGCACCGACUGGCGCAUCGAGCUGCCUAAGGGGGAGAGCGUCCUGGCCCUGUCGCUGAGCGACUCAUUCGUGACAGUCACGACGUCGGCGAACUAUGUCAGGAUUUACACACUGUUUGGGAUCCCCUACCGUGUUUACCGGCCUAAGAGCACGCCCAUCGUGACGUGUGCUAGUUGGAAGGACUAUGUCCUAACUAUGGGCAACGGCCCGGUUGGGCCUGACGGCCAGUGUCGUUUGUUGUACUCGAUUCAGGAUAUUAAGCAUGACGAGAUGUGCCAGAACGAGGACACUGUCGCUCUGCCCGAGGGCGCGAGCGUUCAGAGUGUCUUUUUCUCUGAUCAAGGUGACCCCUGCAUCUACGACUCAACAGGCACGCUCCUGACCCUCCUACACUGGCGCCAACCCUCUCGCGCAGUCUGGAUCCCCCUGUUAGAUACCAAACUCCUCCCGCGCCUCGCCUCUGGCCGCAAGCACGAGACCUAUUUCCCCAUCGCGGUCGCCGACAACAAGUUCCACUGCAUCAUCCUCAAGGGAGGCGAGAAGUACCCCUACUUCCCGCGCCCGCUCCUCUCCGAAUUUGACUUUUCCAUUCCCCUCACCUCUGCCCCCCGCGGCGGCAAAAAGAAAGACAAACGCCGUCCCGACAACCCGGACGACGAAGAUGAGUUCAUGCUCUCCGGUCCCUCCGCCGAUGAGGAAGAAGAGGAAGACUCUACCUCCCCCGAAUCCGAAUCCCUCCGCCUCUCCCAAUCCUACCUCCUCCUCUCCCUCUCCUACUCCCAACUGGCCGACCAACUGUCCCACAACAAGAUCCCCUCGGUCUCGGACCGCGCCCGCUUGGCACGUCUACAGCUUGACAUUGACAAGACGCUGCUCCAGAUGCUGGCGCUGGAGUGUCGGAUCAGCAACGGCGAUGAAAGAUCGAUGCGCGCGCUGGAGAUUGUGAAACUCAUGCGUGAUCGCACGGGCAAGAUGCUCGAGGCGGCCGGAAAGGUGGCGGAACGGUAUGGGAAGAGGGUGUUGGGGGAGAAGAUCAAGGAGUUAGCUGAGAAGGGUGGAGAUAGUGAUCGGGAUGAAGACGAGGAGGAUUAUUGA